UUGGCCUGUCUCCCCAUCUGGUAAGCCGUGUAAAGUCGUAUGGUGGUUGUGCCCUUGGCCACCGGCGAUUUUUACCAGGAAACCAAAAUCGUUGUAGCAAUCAUCACCAUAAGACAUUGAUUUUGGACGAAAUAAUUCCAUGGACGUAUAAAUCUGUGAAAAUCUUGAGUGAGGAGUGGACUUGUCGCAGUAAAACCCUCCGCAGUUGGGUUGUGUACCACGUAGACCGGUCGACAGCUGACCUAGUUUGUUGGCGAGCUAGUCAACACGAGGAGCACCUAAACCUGCCAGCUGACACACAAAAUGGAGGCCGACCCGCUCAUGGUGAAUGAUUGUAUAAAUGACUUUGACUUGGACCAGUUUGUCGAACGUUCGGCAGUAAUUAAACAGGAAACACUUGACCGGCUCGACUUCAGUGAUUGUUGCAAUGGCGGAGCGAAAUCCCCGGUCACGGCAUCGGAGGCCGGCUCGACCGCACCCUCCAUAUGUAGUGUGCCCCAGUCCCCAAGUUGUUUCAGCAACAGUAGUUGUAGCAGCGUUCCUCCUAGUCCCACGGAGUCCAAAAACCUGUACGAUGACAUUGGGUGGCUCACCCAGAGUGUAUCUUUCAACUCGGCAAGCAUGGAGGGGGUCUCCGAGGCAGUUGAUGUAUUGAUUUCAAGCAGCCCGGAGUUCGUGAACAAUUUCACCAAAUACUUGGUAUCUGGGGCCGAGGCUGGCAAGGAAUCUCUCCCUAGUUCUCCUCCGGCCCAGGCCAACCUCACAACUAAGGUCCCGACCCUCAAACGUAGCAGAAGCAGUAAUAGCAAGAAGAAAAUGGACGAUGAAGAACUGGUUACUUUGCCUGUGAGAGAGCUGAACCGUCGACUUCAGGGGCUACCAAAGGAUGAUGUUGUGAAAUUAAAACAGAAAAGAAGAACGCUGAAAAAUCGUGGUUAUGCUCAAAAUUGCCGUUCUAAACGCAUGCAGCAGAGACAGGACUUAGAAGUCACUAACCGCUCUCUUGAAAAAGAAUUGAAACAACUUCAGAGGCAGCUGUCAAACUUGACAAGGGAGAGGGAUUUAUAUAAACAACAGUACGAGUUUCUCAGGGUGAAAUGUAGCUUGGCUGUAAGCAAAUCUACUAGGAAACACGACUUGGAUGGGUCUGUGUCUAGCUAUGCUCCAAGUUCUCCAGACAGUGAUUAAAGAAUGGUAAUUAACAACAUUCUUGAUACAUUCUAUAUAGACAUUGUUAUCUCACAUCUAUCAGAGGAGUUCAGAUAUUAGCGUAUUUUAUCAUCAUCAGUAGCAGAAAAUUUAUGUUUAUAUAUAAAAAGAAAAAAUCAGGAAAAUAUCUAACCAAAUAAUGAUUAAUGCGAGACUAAAUUGACCAUUUACUGUAAUAGUCAGUAGUACAGAGAUCAAUAUCACCAGUGUUCAAUCUCUAUCAUGGCUGAUAUGAAGGAUGCCACUUGGUUUUGUUUGUAAUAUAAUGUACAGUUAAAUAGAAUACAAACAUGGUCUUGGUGUGUAUGAUUCAAUUGCCAAUGUAGAUAUAUUUUUACAAAAAACCAAAAAAAUAUGUAUAAUGCAUAGUUUAAAACGUAGCAUGAGUUUAAAACAAGUAUUUAAAUAACAGUGGUGAAACAAUGUAAAAUUUUACCUGCUUUGAAUAUUGCAAUGUCAUUCACACAUACAUGUGUAUAAAAAGGACUUAAAAGAUUUGUCAAUCACCCUUGUCCUGUAAGUAUCUGAAGGGUUUAAUUAGUGCUUGGAAUAUAAUGUAGCAGAUUUGGGUGUAAAGUUGAAUUUUCUUGCAAUAUCUCGUAGACUAUAUAGCAUGCAGGGCAUUUGAUGCUGUAGCAUACGUCGCAGUCCCCUCAUAUAUAAGCCACCCCUCUAAGGCCUCCCACUACAUUACUGAAAGGACACCACUUGGGAUAAUCUUGACUAUCAUCAGUGCUAAUUAGGUGAGUUUCCCCUUGUGUAGCCUCUUGGCAUUAAUUAAUAUGGGCACUGCAUAGUUGAUGGUUCUCCCUAAUGCUGCAUCAAUGACUGAAGAGAUUGGGGCACCAAUAUGGGUGUUCACAGGUAUUUCAGAGCAGUACAAUUGAAGGGGGCACCCUAUGGGGUAAUAUUACAGCUAGCUAUGUUAUGCGCUGCAAAGCAGUACCUUAAAUAUGGUAGCCAUGUACUUUGAAGGGUGUUGACUAGAGUUGGAUCCUGGUUUUACCUAUUGGAAAAAUCUUCAAAUGUCUGACUCAUAUUCCACUAUCCAUGACAGCUAUACAUUUGUUCACAAGUAUUAAAUCAUUGUAAUUUAUCAAAUUUUGUGAAAUUCCCCCAAAAGUUAUAUUCCAUUGAAAAAAAAAUGCAUCAUUCAAUUUGUUUUCUUCUGAAAAGGGUAGGCAUAACUGUUUGAUUUUCACAAAAAUUGAUAUUUGCGUGGUUCACAUUUUGUGAUCAAAGCAAUGUGUGAACCAAUAUACAAGCAUGUAUCAAUAUGUUUUUGUUCAUGUUCAUCAUAAAUCCAGCAGCUGGUUGCUUUUGCCUGGUUUAUCUUACUGGGGAGCUGGGAAGAUUUCUAGAAAUGGAAUGUGAGGUCACAGAGUGCAAUUAUAGAAUGUUAGCCAUUCGAGAUUUUAAUUAUUUUAAAACUUUAACUUUUUUUUUUUUUUUUUUGAAUGCAAGAAAAGGUUCUGUCACUUCAUCAAUUGUAAAUAGUUGUAUAUUUAGCCCCAUUUUCCUAUUCCCCUCCCAAAUGUUUGAACUGAAAGGUACCCACUGCAAGGGCAACUAUACUUUAGUAUAAACCAGUGUGGUACCCAAAGUUGAUAAAAACAAUGAUCUGUGAUACAAGGAGUUGACAAAUUUGUUUGUGAGCGAGACGUAAAAGUCGAAACGUUUAACAAGUUAUGAGAAUAGAGACAUGCCUCAGUAAUAGCGUCUCGUCAGUACACCGAAUUUGCAAGUUGUGGAGUUGAAACUACUAAGAAACUAUCCCCUGGUUUAAUUUUUUAUUAUAGGGUUAUGAUAGUCGAUACUGAUACUUACAUACACACAUGUUGUGUAUUACCGGAUGGAAUUAUGAGUGAAGAAAUUUGUGUACAUUAUUUGUUUUGUAUACAAAAUUGAAAUUUUUGUGUUUUUUUUUUUGUUGGAAUUUGUUAUGCGAGUAUAUAUGCUGGUAAGUGUAUAUGCUGAUUUUGUGUAUUAUAAGUGUAUGUCCAGAAUGUGUUAUUUGUGUAUAUGUGAUAAAAAAUGUAUAAAAAAAAGUUUUAAAAAUGGGCUUCAACAACCAAAAAACGUUACAAAAAAAAUCUUGAAUUUUUUUCUCAUUUGAGGAAUAAGUCAAGGACAAAAAAAUAGAAAAAAAAUGUAUAUAUAUAAAAAUAUAUAAAAAAAAAAAAAUGAAAAAAAUUGUAACCUUUUAGCUUGACCGAUCACCUGCUAUGUAUGUGGGGGGUGUUGUGAGUCGGGCUCCUGAAUUUGCCAGUUACCAUUUCUUGACCUGAUCGGACAUGACAUGUACAAUAACUCGUUGAAAGCUAGACAGUUGCCUCUUGUGUUUUGUAACUUGUCUCGGACUUUAUAGAGUUAUCUCUCUUGUUUGUUAAAGACUGAAUAUUAUUAUUGUACAGUAAAGCAGUUAGAUAUUAAGGAUAGUACAUGUGAGUGAUGAGUAAGAAGGGUUCAGAAUUUUUAGGUGUACGCACAACUUUCGCAACGAUGCUGUCCACUCAAUUGAUCCUGUUAACGUAGUGCUUCAGAAUGUUAUUAAUCCUAAUUGUGAUAAUUUGUUGUGUUGUUGAUGUUGUUACGGAUGAGAUUCGUUUUUUCAGAAGAUUUGUCAAUUGUUAUUGCUAACAUGAACUGUUUCUGUUUUUCUGUUUUAAUAAUCUUUUUAAUUAAUGAAACAAUACAAACUUUUUUAAUUAUGUGCACAGUACCUUAAAGUACUGAAUAUAUGAACUGUGCUAAUGACAUUUGUGCAGCAAGGCAAUAUGUUCAGUGUUUCUUGUUAAGAGAGUGCCCUGUUUGAUUAAUACCUGGUACCUACCCACAAUACACAGGGUCCAAACUGUACCAUAUGGAGAUUAUUUUUGUAUGUUACUAGCCUAGUGAUUUGUUGAUGCAUUUGUAACGGGCCUUGUGAUUGGUUGAUUCCUAUCUUGAAUCAGUCUAUCCAUCCAUAUGUCUACUUAACUUUAAUUGACCUUAAUUACCAAUGCAAGGUCAGAGGGCACAUCAGAUAGACAUUUGAUAGAAUAAUUGUUUUAACCUAGAACAUGUUAGACUGUUAAAGACGGGAGAAAGAGAGUAUACCAUACAUGAUUGCCAGGGAGUGUGGAUUGCCAGACAGAAUGAAAGGAAGAUCUGACAGUAUGUUGUUUAUCUGUGCUGUACUACAAAAUGUACUGAAGCGUGUUGUGAUAUUUGAUACUGGGUUACAGUAAGGUGUACACGCCCGAGCUAGCUAUCUGCUUUACUGUACUUAUGUACACCAGUCUUGGAUGAUGUUUGUCCUCAUCAACAAAUAAAAUGCAUGAAAAACGCAGAAUUUAAA